AUGGAACCGGAUGAUGUUGCGGAGUACAGCCUUCAAAGCUACUGGGAGAAGCGCUACAGUAAGGAGGAACAGUACAACUGGUUUCCGUCCAUCCACCAGACGUCUGUGCAGGCGCUAUGUGAGGAACUUCUGAAUGUCUUUGUACAGCGCAAGGCGCAGCGUGCCUUGUGUCCUGGUGGAUGCCAUGAUGCUAGUCCGGUGUUACGAGUACUUCACUUGGGCACUGGGAACUCAUCGCUCUGCAUGGAUCUCCACAAUGUUGUGCAGGCGCAUCGGCUUCCAUUCGUGCUGGAGCAGGUAGCAAUGGACUAUGCAUCCAACGUCAUUGAGAAUAUGCGGGCAAAGUAUCCGCCGGAGGUGCUGCCGAAUAUGAAGUGGAUGGUGGGCGAUGUGCGUCGCCUUGAGGAAUUUUGUUCGUUGGGUCCCUUUGACGUUGUUAUUGACAAGGGUACGAUGGAUGCCCUCGAAGCCGAUAAAAACAGUCCCAAUAUGGAAAAGGACAUCUGGGCAAUGUUGUAUGGAGUCAAUGAGCUUCUGAAACACGCAAAGGGAUACGGGGCAUUUAUGCAGAUCACGUGGGUGGUGCCUUACUUGCGGCUGUACUACACGAAGAGGGAUGCGUUCGCGUGGGGAGAUCAGGUGCGUCACGCCCUUCUUGGCGAGAGCGACAUGUACCGCCUCUUUGUCUACACUGUAAAGCAGUAA